UCUCUCUCAAGCUGGGUGGCAGACUGGAAGGUGUGCCUAGUGGUCUCUCUGAAGAAACCAAAUGAGGAGCUACCAAGGACUUUUGAGUAUCAAAUAAGGUUGAAUGAUGAAACUGAGGCCCAAUGAGGUCAAAUGGUCUGUCCAAGGUCACACAGGUCCUGCAAAGACAAUCCCCAAAAAUACUCCACCUCCUCCUGAGUAUUUGAAUGAAGACGUUACUAAUAUUCAGAACACCACACAGGCCCCAACAUUCACAAGAAUCACUGCAAAAGAAUCAGUUGCAAGGAUAUCAGAAAAACCAGGCCUGUGUCCUAAGGACCUCCUUCCAUGUAAAGAACUAUGCUAUGGAGAUGAUUCCUGCCCCCGUGGAGAGAAAUGCUGCAGCACAGGCUGUGGACACACAUGUCAGGGAAAAAUUGAAGGGCUUCGGGCUGGCCAUUGUCCAUUUAUCCUCCAGAACCUUUGUAUAAUGAACUGCAAGACAGAUGAGAACUGUCCAUCUGAAGAAAAAUGCUGCAAGUCUGGCUGUGGCCAGUUGUGUGUGACCCCUAUUAUGCUUCUAAACAUCACCAGGAAUCUUAAGGAGAAACCAACCCCUGCCAACUUUACUAAGCCUUCAUUCCCUGAAAAACCUAGAAUUCCAGGAACCCUGGUGCCCUAGCUGAUCUGAUGUUCCAGAGCUUCCUCAGCUUCAGGAAUGACUGGACUUCAAUGGCCUCCUGGGGUUCCUUACCAUAGGGAAUGGAUGGUCCCCCUCACUGGCUCCUUAGUUCUGCCCCCAUUGCUCUCCUAAGAUGCUGCAACACAGCUUUGGGGAGGGAGGGGAUUCUCUGCGCUGAUUUCCUCCCCAAUAAAUGCUGAUGUC